CUUAAGUCCACCAAACUUGGCACGAUUGGCUGCAUUGGAUGAUUGGCAUACCUGUAUGCGAUCUGAUUGGUUGGAUUACCUCAACGGACACCACCCUUUCAUGUACGAGAAAAUGAUCGAGCUAUAGGGUCCUGCUGUAUGUUUAGAAGCUAUUCUCUCGUUGAAGAAUCCGAAGAGUCAACAUGAAGAUUUUCGGUUCCGUCGUUCUGCUGUUCGCGGCUUUUUUCUCCUCGACUAAAGGGGACAAGUCGAUGUAUAAAAUGGAAUCCUACGAUAAUGGCAACUACAAAGUGAUGUGGAAAUACGACAUGAUCACGGACAUGUUUUAUUUUAACGUCACCGUGAAGGCAACCGGCUGGGUUGGCUUCGGUGUGUCGAAAACGAAAGGAGGGAUGAAGGACUAUGAUGUGAUGGUUGGAGGUGUUGACAAAAGUGGUAAGGGCUAUGCAAAGGACUAUUUGACUACAGAGCAAGCUAUGCCGAUGCCACCAGAUGCAGAACAAAAUUACAAUCUGACGAACUCCUGGGAAAUGAACGGCUACACAAGCUUGAUGUUUUCCAGGAAGAGAGACACUGGCGAUACUCAAGGCGACGUAGUAAUCGAGCCAGGCAUGAUGUACCUUAUCUGGGCCUAUCAUGACAUGUACGAUGUCAAUAAGACCGCGAAUUACACAUUCAAGAAGCACACUAAAAGGGAUGCAGUGGAAUACACUUUCAUCGAGCCCGGUUUCACCAAGGUGGCUAUAAAUAACAACUACGCGAUGUACUGGAAAUACAACGCAGGCGAGGACAUGUUUUAUUUCAAGGUCAUGGCAAAAGCAACAGGUUGGGUUGCCUUUGGCGUGUCCACUCAGGGUGGAGGAAUGAACGGUUACGAUGUAAUGAUUGGCGGAGUGAACAAUGGUACGGGAUAUAUUGGGGAUUACCUGACGAAAGGUUUUCAGAAACCUCCAAAAGAUGAAAGUCAGGACUUCAAUAUGAUGAGUUCGGAGGAACGGGAUGGCUACACACUGCUGUCAUUCAAGCGAAAGAGAGACACUGGUGACAAGGACGACGUGGAAAUAAAG